UCAUUUGAAGACUUAAUUUACCUUACCACCGGCAAUCGUUCAGAGCAGUGGCAGUGGCAUCGGCGACGGACAGAUGAUCAUUGUUCUUUGUUCAUCUCUCUCUCUCUUUGUUUUCUUGUAUGCUUGUGAAACCAGCAACUAUGGCGGCAAGAAACCCAGAAUUGUGAUCAUAGGAAUGGCGGGGGUAACAGCUGCUCAUAAGCUUUAUAUUACCACCGCUGAUUGUACCUUUUAGAAUCUUUGGUAGAAAGUUAUGAUUGUUAAUUUUGUCUCUGCAUUCCAUUUUACUUCUGAAAUUGUGAUUCCUCUGUUCCAAAUGGGUUCUUUUUUCUUUGUUCUUUGUUCUUUUGAAAAAAUAGCAGCUUUUUCUCACAGGAAAUCUCUGUUCUUGUCUUCUCCCAGUAAUUUGACAUGGGAAUAUUCAAAUUAUCUGUCGAAUUAGAAGGAAGAGCAAUAUUGUCUUGCCAGGCACAGCUGGUUUGGAAAUCAUGGCAAAUUGAAGGUUAUUGGUCCACAUUGGUCUGCAAGAGAUGGGUCUCAUUCAGAAUUGGGUUUUGGAUUUGAUUAGAAUCGAAAGACGGGAACUGGGUUUGAACUUGGGAGUUGCAGAGUUGGUUGUUUUCAUGGAGAUUUUUUAGAAGAAGAAUGUCAGGGUUGUCGUUAUUGUUGUAGGUUUGGGAUGAUAAGAGAAUAGUGGCAAGCCUUUAGGAACUCAGGAUUGAUGAGAGAUUGAAUCCCAAGAAAUCUAGACACAUUAUUCAGUUGAGAUUGGUUGUAGAGAGGUGAGCUGAGAAGAGAGGAGAGGUCGAGAAGAUCAAGUCUUGGACUAUGAGUUGUAGAGAGGUGAGCUAAGAAGAGAGGAGAGGUCGAGAAGAUCAAGUCUUGGACUAUGAGUUACAGGAUCAAUUCUCAUUCUCAGAAGCCUUUUUUCUAAUGUGAGUUUUUCAGUGGUUCUUGAUUUCAUUAUCAGGGUGCGGAAGCAGCGUCGAUGAGUCGUUCGUCACAUCUUGCCCACACCAAACUUGAGGGUGGGUUUCAGCUUCUCUGAGCUCAAGUCAGCUACCAGAAACUUCGAACCUGAUUCGAUGCUUGGAGAGGGGGGCUUUGGUAGGGUUUUCAAGGGUUGGCUUGGUGAGAAGGCCUAUACGCCUUCGAAGAUCGGUAGUGGUAUGGUCAUGGCAGUAAAAAAAUUGAAUCCAGAGAGCAUGCAAGGAGUGGAAGAAUCCAGAAAGCAUUGCCAAGGGAUACUUGAGCAUUGUGGAGUGGCUUGCAUCUGCACUUCCCACGGGUUUGAUCCAACUGGGUAGGAAAGUCAAGAGGAUCGAAUGGGAGCCAGAAGGUGUUGUGAGGUCGUUGGAGAUGCAGAUUAAUGGGGGUUGCAGCAGUAACAGGCCUGUGAGACUCCGUUUCGAAGAUGGUGCAGAAAUGGUGGCCGAUCACGUCAUAGCGACAGUGUCGACGGGGGUUCUCAAAGCCGGGUUGGGUCUUAUUAUUAACAAGCAAGGUAGCAGUCCACCAUCUCUCUUUCCUUCUUUACCGCCGUUGCUCUUCACGGUUUGGAGAUGAGGACAAUGGCGCUGGAGGGUACAUGAUCAGGGUCUUGUGUUUUAGUCAAAAAGGUAAAAUUAUCAUUUCAAAUUCUCAUUUAAAGUGAUUGACAGUAAAAAUUUUGAGUCUAAUUUGGGAGGAGAUGUUCUUAUAAUUAUGGUAUUCUUCAGGAGUUGGCACGGUAAAUUAUCCUAACGAAAUUGAUUGUUUCGCAUUGUUCGUGAAUUGAAUUAGUACAUUAGGUGAAGGUUACACCAGCAAUUUGAAUCUGGUGCUGGCAUGCUUAGAUGUUACAGCUUUUCCUCCACUUGAAUCUGGAGGGAUUGGAAUUCUGUCAGUCACUGAAGGAGGACCACAGAGAACUGUGCAGAACAGAUGCUAUCCUAUUGGUGACUCCACUUUAUUGCUUAAUGAAGGGCCACAGAGAACUGUGCAGAACAGAUACAAUCCUACUGGUCUUAAUUAAGGAGGGUCAUAGAUAAUUGGGCAGAACAGAUACAAUCCUAUUGGUCUUCAGCUGGUCUUCACUUUAUUGCUUAAUCCUCAUUGUUUAGUUAGGGGAAUUCUAUUGGUACCUUGGUGGAGCAACAAUUUGGGACUAAUAAUGAUAUCAGAGGCCCCUUUUGUAGAAAUGCAAAUUUAAAACGAUACAGAAGAUAAUGGAAAAAACAAAACAAAUAAUGUACAUGGAUUUUACGACGUUCGGCCUGUCCAGGUGCUGCACCAGUACUCCCUGAAUUAAACUACGACAGAAUACAAGACAUCGUACACCACCACCUUCUACCCACUGGCUUUAGAAUUUAUCGACCUCACCAGAGAGCUGUGCAGAAGGCACUGUGAGAAGAUGCCUACACUUGAGGAUUCUACCUGAAGCUGUAAGUUUGUGGUGUAGGGAUGAAUUACUUUUCUAUUCAAUCUGUUUUUGUUAACUUAAAGACUUUUUCUAUGCAAUAUUAUGUUGGAGGUUGCUAUACUGGAAUUUCCAGACUUCAGGAAUUCUCGCGAACUUCUUAGUGACUUGAGGUUGGAUAUAGAUCGCAUGUCAUAUGAGUUGCUUGCACUGGGAGAACGUAUUGGCAAUGCAAAAAUUGAAUUGACAAAAGAAACCAUCACUAGUCAUCUUAAGACAAGAAGAUAUCAUGUGCCGCCUGCAGCCUGUAUCAAUUUGAAUGAGCCAUCAGGCAUGGAUCAAGAAGCUGAGACCUGCAUCAUAUGCCAGGAAGAGUUUGAGAACAUGGACAAGAUAGGAACUCUUCAGUGUGGACAUGAAUAUCAUGCAAAGUGCAUAAAGAAGUGGUCGCUUGUGAAAAAUGUGUGCCCAAUAUGCAGAAGUGCAGCUUUGUCUCAGAACAGCAAUGACAGAUGAAAGAUCAGAAGAUGAAAGAAAUCCAUCCUUUAUUGAGUCUCUGUUUAUUAGAACUGGUGUUUUAUUGUGUAUUCAGUGGUUAAAUUUUUUUUUUUUCAUUGGUCCCCUAGGGGUUAAGGUGGGUUGGGAACCUCUAUCCGUCCCUUUCCCUACCCCUUCCCUCUAUCGUAAAAAUGUGAUUCAUUUUUGAACCCUUCUAUUGUAAAAGUGUUGCAUACAUUUUUUAUCCAAGUGAUUAGCAGGAUGAACCAUGAUUAAGUAAUAAUGAAAUGAUACUUCUUUCAUCA